AUGCUAAAAAUAUUUUGCGUUUUUCUGACGGUCAGAAGACUCUUGUUGUGCUUGCUACAGUUUAUUGCUGUUGAGUUUAUUCAACAAGUUCAUCCAGAGUCAACCCAUUCACAGUCUGGAAACCAACCAUGCUCAACCCAUUCACAGUCUGGAAACCAACCGUGCUCAACCAAUUCACAGUCUGGGAACCAACCAUGCUCAACCCAUUCACAGUCUGGGAACCAACCAUGCUCAACCCAUUCACAGUCUGGGAACCAACCAUGCUCAACCCAUUCACAGUCUGGGAACCAACCAUGCUCAACCCAUUCACAGUCUGGGAACCAACCAUGCUCAACCGAUUCACAGUCUGGGAACCAACCAUGGUCAACCCAUUCACAGUCUGGGAACCAACCAUGCUCAACCCAUUCACAGUCUGGGAACCAACCAUGCUCAACCCAUUCACAGUCUGGGAACCAACCAUGCUCAACCCAUUCACAGUCUGGGAACCAACCAUGCUCAACCCAUUCACAGUCUCGUAAGUACACUGUCAAUCUGGAAAUCUGGUGUCACCCAAAACACCAAUGA